GUAUAUCAAAACAACCCUUUAAAGUGACGUGUGUUUGUAUGUUUGUCAAAAGUGGAAUCGCGAGCGUAUUAAAGAAUUUAUAACUUUUGGAUAUUAUAAUAUCUAAAAGAUAAAAGGUUCCCCAGAAUUUUAAGAACUUUGUAAAGUAAUGCUUAGGACGUUUCAAUCCAUUUAAAGUUUAAAUGACGUUAACUAACUCGGAUGUUUUAAUUGGUAUUACUUUGCUUGCAUGUGUACCAAUACAACUAUUUAUAGUUCAAAAUUGGGGUAGUUCAGAAUCCGCCCGAUCAUAUGCUUUAAACAAAUUUUUAAAUCACCUCACAAAAUUGCAAGACAUCUCAUGGAACUCCUGGAAAAGUUGGCUGAUCACGUUUCUGGGCAUGGAUCACAUGUUUCCGACAGUCAUGACUGAAAGUGAUCCAGAUGAAGGUGAAUCUCCUGCCAUAGAAGUUAUGCGCUACAAGCAUAAGCAUGGAUACUUUAGUUUUUCACCUGAACCUAGAAAUAGUCGUCCUCCUAAUGUUAUGUUUCGUGUGGGCCAAGUAGUAAUGCAUAAAAAAUGGAAGUACAGAGGUGUGAUUGUAGGCUGGGAUGAAGUUGCAAAGGCUCCUCCUGAAUGGUUAGAUGAGAUGCAUGGAAAAAAUAACAAAGAAUGGCGAAAUAUGCCAAAUUAUUCUAUCCUGGUUGAUACAAGAGACAGGUUAAGUCCUCAAUUGACAUAUGUACCACAAGUAAACAUUGACCUCGUAAAGAAUACAAAAAUCAUGCAUCCUCUUUUGGAUGACCAUUUUGAGAGUUUUGAUGGUGCUCAGUAUAUUCCUAGACCUUGGCUGAAAUCCUUAUAUCCUCAAGACUGAAACUAGACAAUAUAAUCUUUUCUACACUAUGAUGAUAAUGUUUCUAUACACUCACUCUAAUAUUUUUAAAAAAUAACACUACUCAUUUUUAAAAAAUUUUCUACUUAAAACAUUUGAAACUAAAAUAAUGAUUUUGCUAAAUGAGAAUAUUUCUCUCAUUUAAUUUGUAUUUAUUUUUGAGUUUAGAUUAAUGCAAUACAAACACUUAGAAAGCUUUUUUAAUAAGAAAAUUGAUAUUCCAGAAAAUGUAAAUAAAUGUUGUAUUUAUCCAUUAUAGUAUA